UAUGAGCAAGUCUCUUCUCGUCGCGAUUGGGAGCUGGAAGUAUCCGAUCGAGCAACGCACCAGGAUCGCUCCCGCCGCUCCCGUGAUCCUGGCGGCACUCAAGGCCUGUAGCGCUGUGAGGGAUUUGGAGGCGGGCGCCAGGAUCCACGCCUCGUUCUUGGAAUCGAGUGGAAGCGGCGCUAUCGCCAACAGCAAUGUGGAGAACAGUGUGAUCCACAUGUACGCCAAGUGUGGGAGCUUGCGCGAUGCACGAUCGGUCUUCGAUUCCAUCUCUCACCUCUCGGUGGUAUCAUGGAACGCUUUAAUCUUUGGCUACGCAGAGAAUGGAGGGCCGCGCGAGGCGCUGGAGCUCUUCCAGCGGAUGCAAGACGAUGGAUUCUCGCCAAAUCCUCUCACUUUCGUGGCAGCGCUCAAGGCCUGCGUGAGCUGCGCCGAUGGAGAGGAGGCCCAGAGAUUGGACUGGCUGGAAAGAGGGAGAAGAAUUCAUAGCCAGGCUCUAGCAGCUCUAGCAAGAGGUGAAGAGCUCGGCUUGACGCUGGCAAACACGCUAGUUCACAUGUACGCUAAGUGUGGCAGCGUUUUGGAAGCUCGGGAAGUUUUCGACAAGAUGGCGGAGCGCGAUGCCGUGAGUUGGAACGCUCUCAUGUUUGGAUACGUGGACGCUGGCCAGAGCGAGCAAGCGCUAGAGCUCUUCCGGCGGAUCCACAAAGAACUUCUCCAAGGCAAGCCGAAUGCUCUCACUUACGUUGCCGCGCUCAAAGCUUGUGCUACCUGUGCAGAGGAGAUCCAAGACGAGGAGAGUGGUCGAGUGGAGCGAGCACAGUGGCUGGAAAAGGGAAGAGCGCUCCACUCUCGAGCUGUGGAGAGCGGGCAUGAAACGGAUUUGAAGGUGGCGAGCACUCUGGUGGACAUGUACGCGAAGUGUGGGAGCUUGGAGGAUGCCUGCCGGGUUUUCCAGCAGAUGAAGAGCCACGACGUUGUCUCGUGGAAUGCGAUCAUCAUGAGCUAUGCUCAAAGCGAUCGAGGUGAGACUGCUCUGAGGCUCUUCGCUCAGAUGUUGGAGGCUGGUUUCACGCCUAACGCGCGGACUUUUGUGGCUGCUUUGCAGGCCUGUGGCGAGCUAGCGGGUAAAGAAGGGCGGUGUGUCGAAGGCAAAGCUGUGAAAACAUGGUGCCUGGAGAGAGGUAUGGAGAUACAUUCCCAGGUGGUGAGCAGUGGCCAAACUUGCGACAUUAUCCUCGCCAACAAGCUGGCGGACAUGUACGCAAAGUGUGGAAGCUUGCAAGACGCGUACCGGGUUUUUGAGAGGAUGCCUCUUCACGAUGUGGUCUCAUACAACGUUAUGCUGUUCGGCUACGCGGAUGUGAAUGAGGGAGACUUGGCACUGGAACUAUACGAUCGGCUGCAAGAGAAAGGUGUUGCUCCCAACUCUCAGACUUACGUUGCUGCUUUGAAGGCCUGUGCAAGCUGUGCAGUGAAAGAAGAAGGACGACAGGUAGAUGGGAAACUUGUGAAAGUGAGGAACUUGGAAAGAGGAGCUGCGAUUCACUCCGAAGCGAAAAUCUCCGGCCUUGAAGCUGACAUCAAAGUGGCAAGCACUCUGGUGGACAUGUACGCCAAGUGUGGAUGCGUGGAGAGAGCUUCACAGGUCUUUGACGGGAUGAAGAUCCGGGAUGUGGUUUCCUGGAACUCCAUCAUUCUGGGAUACACGCAGUGCGGUGAAGGAGAGUUAGCUCUUCUCCUUUUUGUUCGGAUGCAAGAAGAUGGUGUGACUCCGGACGGACUAGCUUUCGUUGCAGCACUGAAAGCGUGCUCCUGCAUGGCCGGGAAAGAAGAAGGAAGUAGAAGAGCAGAAGACGGGAAGAUUAUCAAAGCUAGAUGCCUGGAGUUUGGGAAACUGAUCUACAGUGAAGCUGCGACUAGCGGCUAUGGAUCCGACAGCAAAGUUACUAACACAAUGCUAGAUACGUUGGCAAAGUGUGGUAGCAUGACCGACUCUCAGAGGCUCUUCGAGAAGAUCGUAGAACGAGACGUGGUCUCGUGGAACGCUAUGAUUCUCGGCUAUGCUCAGUGUGGAGAACCCGAGCUCGGUGUGCUCUACUUCAGACGCUUGCUAGAGGAAGGUCUGGCUCCAAACGAGGUGACUCUGGUGGUGGUUCUGAAGGCUUGUGGAAGUAUCGGGGGUCUGAAAGUUGGGAAAAUGAUUUACGACGAGUUUAUCCUGGCCGGGCUGGUUCAAGAGUGUGGAGCAAUCGCAGGCUCUCUGAUCGGUUUCUACGGUAAAUGCGGUAGCAUGGUGGACGCUCAAGAGGUAUUUGAUUCACUUCCUUACAAGCAGCUAGUGACUUGGAACGCACUUCUAGCAGGAUAUGCACACCAAGGAGAUAGCCAACGAGUCUUUGAGCUAUUCGAGAGCAUGCAAAGUGGAAACGAUCGAGUGGACAUCGAUGGCAUCACCUUCCUCAGCCUUCUCAACGUGUGCAGCCACGCGGGCCUUGUUUCCAAGGGGAAGGAGCUCUUCGAACUUAUGGCCUCGCCGAGCUACCACAUCAAGCCGAGGAUCGAGCACUACGCUUGCAUUGUGGAUCUCUUUGGCCGAGCCAAUCACCUGGCCGAGGCAGUGGCCGUGCUCAAAACGAUGCCUUACAGACCGAGCCCCGCGAUCUGGAGAACAGUCCUGGGAGCUUGCAGAAAGUGGAAGAACGUCGAGCUCGCCAAGCUCGCCUUCGAAGAGAUCCAGAGACUGGACAGGAAAGACGGCUCGGCGUACGUGCUCAUGGCCAACACUUACGCCGCCGCGGGAAUGUGGGACGAGAGCCUGAAGCUCCACUCGUCGAGCAGGAUCCAGGGAGCCGUGAGGAAGGCCGGGCAGAGCUGGUGGAGCGACGGGGCCGGGAAGCUCCACUGCUUCCUGGCGGGGGACUCGAGCCACCCGCAGAACGCAGCGAUCCAGGCCAGGCUCAAGAGCUUGACGAUGGCGAUGAAGACCGCUGGAUACGUCCCCGGGCUGGAGAGCUCGCUGCUCCACAACGUCCCGGACGAUGCCAAGGAGUCGGCGCUGUGCGGCCACAGCGAGCGGCUGGCGAUCUGCUGCGCGCUCGUCAACUCGGCCCCGGGGACGCCGAUCCGCAUCGUCAAGAGCCUCCGGGUGUGCGACGAUUGCCACAGAGCCACUGCGAUCAUCUCCAGGGUGGAGGGGCGCGAGAUCAUCUGCCGGGACAUGAGCCGCUUCCACGUCUUCCGGGACGGGAGGUGCUCUUGCGGAGAUUUCUGGUGAAUCUUAGUCAACUUGUUGACCAAUCAGUCAACUUGUUGACUAAACAGUCGGUUUGUUAACUGAAUAUAAUUUAGUCAAUAGUCUUUGACUA